AUGUAUACAGAUAACUUCGAUCAUGCUAAAUCUAAUAUUAAGCAAAAUUCAAUCUUAAUGAAAAGACAGCUAAAUAAAUAUCAGUUGAUGGAAUCCUUGAGGUUCGCAUCUUUGAUGUUACAAGAAUUGAGGAACCCCAACUGGUCUCCAAAACAAUAUUAUGAACUAUACAUUCUCGUCUUCGACUCAUUGUCUAUCUUAUCCGAUUAUCUGAUCGAUAACCAUCCGAAAAAACACCAUUUGGCUGACUUAUACGAACUGGUCCAAUACUCAGGUAAUGUCCUACCUAGAUUAUAUCUUAUGGUCACAGUCGGUACCUGCUAUUUGAAUUUUGAAGAUACUCUAACAAAGCAGGAAAUCCUAAAAGAUUUGAUAGAGAUGGCAAGAGGUGUACAGAAUCCAAUUAGGGGUUUGUUUCUUAGAUACUUUAUAUCCCAGAGAACAAAACAAUAUCUUCUGGAAAAGGUUAAUGAUACUUUAGAAGUUACAAAAUUUAAUUGUCAGUUUAUAUUGAACAAUUUUAUUGAAAUGAAUAAGUUAUGGGUGCGAUUACAGUAUCAGGGACCUUUGAGAGAUAGAGACCAGAGAACUAAAGAACGAAAAGAAUUACAAAUUUUGGUCGGAUCUCAACUGGUUAGGUUGUCACAGAUUAUUGAAGAUGAUAAUGAUAAAUCGUUUGAAACUUAUUCAAAGUGUAUCUUACCUGUCUUACUAGAACAAGUUAACCAGUGCAAGGACACGAUUGGACAAGAAUACUUGUUUGACAUCAUAUGUCGAGUAUUCCCUGAUCAUUAUCACUUCAAGACCUUGAAACAAUUGUUAAAUACCACAAUAUAUUUGAAUUCUGAUGUUGAUAUUAAUAGGUUAAUAAUUCUAUUGAUCAAUAGAUUGAAAGAUUAUGUCAAUAGAGAAAUUGUAAAUAUGGAUCCAUCAAACGACGACAUUUUUCAAAUCUUUUGGCAAUAUAUCAAUGAUAUUCAAUCGAAAAAUAAUGAUUUCUCCUUAAAUCAGUUGGUUCUAUUGAUACAGAAUAUCAUCCAUUUAUCGUUAACUUGGUAUAAAGACAAUCUUGUUCAUAUUGAAAAUUUAUUUCAAUUUUUAUUCGGUGUUUUCGAAAAACAAACUUUGUCAAAUGAUGCUAUUGAAUUCAUUGAUCCUUUAAUUUUCCAAUUAUUAACGUUCACUAAAGAUUUAGAAAAUAAUGAUAAUGAUGAUGUAAAUAAUAUGAUUAUACCGAUUGUUUCUAAUUCUUCAUUUUAUUACGAAAUUAUCAUUAAUUGUCCAUCUUACACUAAAUUGCUAUUAUAUUUAAAUACAAAUAAAAAACUUCAAAUUAGCAUUAUUUCAACUAUUAUUGACCAGUUCUUAAAAGAUGACUUAUCAUCAACACAAUCAGUAAAAACAUCUAAUACCCAAGAUAAUAGUGGUUCUUGGGUUAUACAUACAAGGAAUGAAAUAGAAAUUUUGUUAACUUUUUUACAACCUUUAAUUGAGUAUUAUCAUCGCGAUGAUGAUGAUAGUGAGAAUAGCAGUAGCAAUAGGCAAGAAUUGAUAUCUAAGUUAUGCCAUACCAUUUUCAAUAAUAUUAUCAAAAAUAAAAAAGUGACUUCCUUUAAGACAAUUGAAGACCAAUUAGAAGCGGUUAUUAUUAUAAAAAACUAUCUGAAUUCUAGUAGUAGUGGUGAUAAUAGUUAUCAUGGUACUACAAAUCAAAAAAAUAAUUCAAAUAUUUUAAUUACAUAUCCCUCAAUUAUAGCUAUAUUCUGGAAAUUAAUUAGAAUGUCCAAUUUUUAUAAAAGUAAAAUUAUAGAAAAGAGGGAUUAUUAUGACAAUCUAAUCAAACAAAUUUUUAAAUACAUAUCUCGCUGUAAUAAUGAUCUCUACGACAUUGUUACCUUCAAUGAAGAUGUCAAUGAUAAAAUAAAUAAUAUUGAGACAAACAUGAGAGUUGUUGAUUAUAUUUUUAAAUUGAAUGUUACUAAUGCCAAUUUGGCCGAUCAGUUAGGUUACACUGAGCUUGCGUAUGAUUUUUUUUCACAAGCAUUCACUAUCUUUGAAGAAUCAAUAAGUGAUUCAAAGACUCAAUUCCAAGCAUUAAAUUACAUGACACAAAGUUUACAAAGGACUAGAUCAUUAUAUGAUGAAAAUAAGGAAGAAAUUCAAGGUGAUAAUUAUUACAAUUCCUUAAUUGUACGUUGUACAUUGCAUGGUUCUAAGUUAUUGAAAAAACAGGAUCAGUGUAGGUCAGUGUACCUAUGCUCUCAUUUAUGGUGGGCCACUGAAAUAAAUUCUAUAGGUGAAGAAGAGGCAAUAGAUGAGAGUAAAUCAAGUCAAUUAUUCUAUCAUAAUGGCAAGAGAUUAUUGGAAUGUCUUCAAAGAUCGUUGAGGACAGCAGAUUCUAUUAUGGAUAACGUUCAAUGUUGUGAAUUGAUGGUAGAGAUUUUGAACAGAUGCCUUUAUUAUUUUGCAAGAGGAGAAGAAUUUGAAACUAUGAUCACUAGUAGCUAUGUAAACGGUUUGAUUGAGCUAAUUAAGUCUAAUUUGAAAUCGCUAAAUUUGGAAGAAACUACUAAUAAUUUAAGCUUAGAUGAAUCCAAUAAUAAAUAUAACGACGACAGAAGCGGUAUAAUUGAAAAUUUUGAGCAUGUAGCUGGGCUAGAUGGACAAUACUGGAAAUCACCAUCAAAUAAUGUAUCACCAGCCGUUAUAUGUCAAGCACAAUUAGUAAAGGGGAAAUUAUCAAUCCAUGAUAUGAUUAGGAUCCCAACUGAGCAUUUCAAGAGAACAUGUAAUUAUAUAGUUAAACAAAGGUCAGUUGACUCAAGGUUUAACACUAUAAUUGUAUGA